UAGUUGGCUGCCAAGUUUCAAAAUUAUGACAUAUAGAGAGUUCGAGACAUAAACUAAGUCUCUCAUUGCUGACGCUUGCAUCCCCUUUGCCCACUUGUCUGAAGGAGACUGCACUGUGUCCUACUUCAUUCCGAUCAGAAGACACAUUCACCUAUUUAUUUGUUCUCGCCUCCUAUCCCUCUGAUUGUUCCGCUCCCGUAUUGCCCAGCAAUUUUUCUCCCCACGAUCAAAAUCUAUUAACUCAGGAUGACUUGUGGAGAGCAAUGCAUCAGUCGUUUCAUUCACGAAGGCAAGCCCACUGGAGUUCUAUCGACGGUCAAUAACGUCCAGGUUUACAUAGCGACUCCACCCGAACCGAUUCCUCAAAAAGCAAUCUUGAUAUUUCCAGAUAUCUAUGGAGUGCAUUUGAAGAACUGUCAACUAAUCGCCGACAGACUCGCCGGAGAUGUCAAUGUCACCACUUACUUACUUGACUUGUUCUCAGGCGAUUGCGCACCUGAGCCGGGCAACGGUGAUUUCGUUUUCGCAGAUUGGCUCAAAGGACAUGGACCAGAAAAGGUUCUUCCAAUAAUCGAAAGCGUGAUGCAGAAUCUCACUGAAAAAGGGGUCAACAAGUUUGCCGCUGUUGGUUAUUGUUUUGGUGGAAAAUACGUCUUCAUGACCUCGCAGAAGAACUGGAUCCACGUUGGAGCCACUUGUCACCCAAGCUUACUUCAAAUACCCGAUGAUCUUAACAAUUUACUCGAAACCAGUAAAGUUCCCCUUCUGAUUAACUCCUGUGAGAUCGAUCAACAAUUUACGGCGGAAGCCCAGAAAAAGGCAGAUGAAAUUUUUAGGCGAUGGCAAAUACAAGUGUGGCUACAAACGAAACUAUUAUCCUGGUGCAACUCAUGGUUUUGGCUGUCGAGCCGACUUGAGCAAAGCAGCUGAAAAGGAGGCAUUCGAUAAAAGCUUUGUGGAAAUUGUAAACUGGUUCAAAACUCAUCUUUGAAGUGCUUCAUUCUAAAAUGAGCUGCUCAAUACCAGAAGGGAUAUUAAAUAGCUUGCGAAGUUUAGUUGCUCUGUUUAUCGAUCGAGAAAGUUAAGUCUCUCAGCCGGUCAGCCAUUUAUCCACUUUUUACGCAAGGUAAACAAAUCUUAACCCCAGAAUAGAUUGUAGAUGUUUUCGAAAACUAGUCAUGUGAUUUGUGACAAUGUUCUAUGAUUUUGAAUAAACCAAUACGGUUGAGUAAAGAGACACGAUGAUUUGGCUGAUUUUUUCAAUUGUCGCGACCCGUAAGAUGCUUUGAGGCGUCCAUCCCUAUCAUCAAUGGUAUUUGUCUCAUGUUGACCAAAAAAUUGAGGAACCAUAGGGGCUCAGGGAAGGGAGGAACAUGAUA